CAUGUGAGUUGGGUGGUCACACACACUGCAGCUUCCUCCCUCUUUCGUCUCCUCAAGAACGAACCCACAUUCCACAAUCUAUCUCUCUCGCGCCUCGAAACUCGUGCUCCGAUUCAACAUUCUGCUCAUACAAUCGAAUCAGAAUAGUUUCUGUUGGGCUCGGUAUUCUUGAGGGCGGUGCACCAUGGUAGCCAAUUCAUGGUUCCAUGGUCUAUGGAAACCGUCAAGAAAACACGAUCACGGGCCAGAAAAGGUGCGAAUCGGAGUAUUAGUAUUCGAAGUAGCUAGUGUAAUGUCUAAGUUAGUCCAUCAAUGGAAUUCACUAACCGACGAACAAGUCACAAAACUAAGGGAGGAAAUAAGUAGCUCAACGGGUAUCAAAAAGCUCGUUUCAGACGACGAUGACUAUAUCGUCGAUUUAAUAUGUGCCGAGAUGCUGCAUAAUUUGGGAAACGUGUCGAAAGUUGUCACGCGGCUGUCAAACAAAUGUAAAGAUCCGGUUUUGAAAUUGUUCGAACAGGCGUAUGAUGAUUUGAUUAAACACAGUGUUGAUCGGUACCACUGGCAGUUUACAGGGAAGAAGAUGAUCAAGAAAGUGAAAAAGAUGGAAACGUUUAUCGCGAUCAACUUGAAUUUGUAUCAAGAAAUGGAAAAUCUUUCGGAACUUGAACAGAUAUUGAAGAGGAUCAAGAACAACGAUGAUCACGAUACCAUAGCCGUCAUUGAUUACACGAAGAAAUUGGCAUGGAAACAACACGAAGUGAAACGGUUGAAAGAGAUUUCGUUAUGGAACAAGACUUAUGAUUAUGCGGUUCUCAUUUUAGCAAGAUCGGUAUUCACUAUUUUUGCGAGAAUCGGACAUGUUUUCGGAGUUACACACGUGUUACCUCCAAAAGUUCAAGAGUCUACAUGCCUAGAUUCCGGGUUACUUCACGAAAAUUACCCGGUUCGGAAUAGGAUCACAACGUUCUCUUCGGGCCCUCUGGGGAACGUUGGUACCAAAUCCGGGCCGAUGUCAAGAAUGAGUAAUAUGAAGAAGUACUACUCGGGCCCGCUUGGUAACUCCGUCAUGGUUUCGAGUUCCAAAAGUAGAAGAAUGAAUACUUUUUCCGGACCGAUUGGGAAACUAACGUCAAAGUCGGGACCUUUAGCCCGAGCCGCUAGAACCGGUCUCAAAUGGUGGCAUACACGCGAUAAUUCGUCAAGAAUCCAUGUAAAAAAGACGGAUACGCCGACCCGUUUAAGUACUACCGGUGGGCCUUUUAAAGGAUGCGCGAUGGGCGAUAACGGAUCUCCAUCGAACAACCCAAAUGGCGCAUCGUCUGAUGCUAGGUUCGAGGUUCGAGAAACUCGCAAGUUGAAACCGAACCGGUUCGACCCACCACCAGAAACUCUCGGAGCGGUUGCAUUAGCGCUACAUUAUGCUAAUGUGAUCGUGGUUCUCGAAAAGCUAGUUGCAUCACCUCAUUUGAUCGGUCAUGAUGCACGAGACGAUUUGUAUAAUAUGUUACCGAAAAACGUGAAGAACGCGCUUCGUGUUAGGUUAAAACCGUACGCUAAAAGCUUGGAAAUGGCGGAGUAUGAUUCGGGUUUAGCGGAAGAAUGGAGUGAAGCAAUGUUGGGGAUUUUAGAUUGGUUAUCUCCUCUUGCUCAUAAUAUGAUAAGAUGGCAAUCAGAAAGGAGUUUUGAGCAUCAAAAUAUGGUUUCCAGAACAAAUGUUCUUCUUGUACAAUCAAUCUACUAUGCUAAUCAAGAGAAAAUCGAAGCAACGAUUACCGAGCUUCUUGUCGGGUUAAACUACAUUUGGCGAUUUAGUGGAGAAGUUAAAGCAAAAGCUUUGUUCGAGUAUGAAAAUGGCGUCGAUGAUUAUGUAAACAUUGUUUAGUUUCGGUUUCAAGAAGACGUGUGAAGUUAUCAUAAUCGCGAUACAGCGUACAAUUGUUUAGGGCUAUAGAACUUGUUAUAUGAAAGAUAUUUACUCAAAUGUGAAAUGUCGUUUUGAUAUUUUAUAACUUAGUUAUACAAGUUUUACCUUA